GAUAACUGUGAAGUUGUACACAGACACGUUUCUGGUGAAGGUAUGCUAUUUGAUUUUACAAAUAAUUUGUUUACCAUGACAUUUAGGUAAUUGUUGUUUUUGACAGAAAAUUGUUUAAUUUCUUUUUUCGUUCUUUGAACUUUACAAAAGAACUUUUUUGUCUGUGAAUUCCUCUGAACAGUGUAUGCGUUUCUCUUCUAUAUAAAUGAAACAGUUUAAAUUAGAUUUUAAAAAAGGGCAUGUGGUGGCGCAAUUACGGGACAGGGGCAUACAGAAGAUUUCACUGGUGUGUAUGCAUUAGUGACAUCUAGAGGCAAGAUAGCAGAACGCAUUAGACAUUAGUCAUGCUUCAUUGGUUCGAUAAUUUAACCUCAUACUAUGUUAUUAGAUUUAUUAUACAAUUAUUAUUUAAUUUAUAUCUCACGUACACUUAUUCUUAAGCGGUAAUUGUUGUUGUCGUUGUUAUGAAUUACCUCCCGAACUUUGAGGAUAGAAUGAAUGUAAAUCAAUAAUGUUGGCUCAGCUUAUUUAACUGGUGAACCAGAGCAUUACAGUAUAGUUGUUUAUAGCCAACCCUUCAGGCAAUGAUGGCAGGUCAGAUUUGUAAAAAGAAGGGUAGAAUUGUUAAAAAAAUGUCACUUCACUUGUCAGAAAAGUCACCAUCUUUGUCCAACAUUAAAGCCAGAAUCACUGAACAACCCUCCUCCACCACCUCCUCCUCUGUCUCCUUCUCCACCUCUGUCUCCUUCUUCUCCUCUGUUCUCCCCUCCACCCGUGGUCAGACAUGGCAGGUCAUCAAAAAAUCUACUUGUUCCCUCUCCACCUGUUUUAAAACACUAUUAAUCUGCUGUCUUCCAAUAAAAGGCUUGGCUUUCACUGGCAGCCAAUGGGAAGGCGUCUAAGCAGUGCGAGGCCGGCCAAUCUCAGGCUACAUUCUAAUGCGGCCUAUCUUUAUCAAGGUGCCACUCAGUUUUCUCAUGCUGCUUAUUUCACACUUUUGAGGAGUGGGCCGCCCGGAGGGAUGUGUGUUUAGGAAAACACCAAAACCCGUGUCUGUCCAGCUUCACCAGAACUUCAGAGAUGGAGACAUGUAGCGCCAAACUGUGGUUGAGACGAGGUGAAAGGUGAAGCAUUGAUCCAAACAUCACUGACCUCAACUGUAAUUAUCCCGCCAGUGCUGUUUAAGAAACUGAAGACAGAACUCUUCUCGGAAUCCUCGGUGGUCUGCUCCUCACCCGGAUCUUACUGGAUGCGUUACUGACUUCUGCAAACUUCCCAUGGAUCCCAACAUCCAGGGGUCUUUCCUGUUCAACAACAGCCUGAACCAGUUCCCCUCGGACCUGAAGACCCCCGUGUGCCAGUACUCUGUGCCCAACUCUUUCUACAAGCUCAACCCAGGCCUGAACAGCCAGCUGCAGGCUGCAGGGACGCCCCACGGCAUCAGCGACAUCCUGAGCCGUUCCAUGGUGGGAGUGGGCACCACGGGCACCACCACCCUGCUCUCAGGAUACUCCAGCAUGGGGGGCUUCAGCCCCUCCGUCACCAGCACCUCCAUGUACUACAACCGCGACUACAACUCCUCGCUGGGCAGCUUCACCAAGCCGGUCCAAGAGUGUCCCAUGAAGAGCAGGAGUGUGAGCUGCUGGGCAGAGAGCGGCUGUGAGUGGAGAGGAGGGAGGCAGCAGUGUGGGGGUCCUCUUGGAGAAAUGUCUGCCAGGAAGAAACACACCAGACCCACCUUCAGUGGACAUCAGAUCUUUGCUCUGGAGAAAACAUUUGAACAGACCAAAUACUUGGCCGGACCUGAGAGAGCACGACUGGCUUACUCUCUGGGGAUGACAGAGUCUCAGGUGAAGGUUUGGUUUCAGAAUCGACGCACCAAGUGGAGGAAGAAGAGCACGACGGAACCAAGCUCCACUCAGAGCGGCCACACAGGACAGGCCUCGGACAACGAAGUGGAGGACGAGGAGUACAACAAACCCCUGGACCCGGACUCUGACGACGACAAGAUCCGACUGCUGCUGCGAAAACACCGCCGAGCUUUCUCUGUCCUACGUCUGGGGCCACAUCAUGUCUGAUACACACACACACACACACACGUACACACGGGGGCUCCUGCAUGACAUCAUGAAAUAAAAACAUGCAUCAGU